AUGAAUGCAUCAAACGUUCAAGUGUCAUCAAAACUAUUGAAUAAUACAUCAAUAAAUAAUUCGAAUGAUGCUUUAUCUGACUUAGAUCCAUAUCAAUGGAAUGAAUUACGUACACCUGUACUAGCAAAUUAUCCUGAUAUAAUCGACGUUGUUGAAGCACGUCGAAUAAAUAAUGAAUUAAAUCCUCGAAUAAAAAAUCGUCCAUUAUUACCCAAUGAUAUUCUUACAUUAAUUAAUAAAGGUUUUGGUGAAUCUGAUCCAUAUCCAAUAAAUAUAAAUCUUGGUCGAAUUUGGUUUUUUCUUGAAUAUAAUCCAUAUUUAAGACAAUUAUAUUUAACAAUAAUCAAAGCUCGUAAUCUUCGUUCAAUAAAAGGUUGUCAACCAACAACAUUUGUUCGUGCAGAAAUUUUACCGGCAUUAAAUGUAAAUUUUUCGACAGAUAUUAUUAAAGAAAAUUCUAAUCCAGAUUAUAUGACUGAAACAAUAUUUAAUAUAAAUCUUUCAGAAUUUGCACAUAAUGUAUUGAAAUUAACAGUACAUGAAGUUGAUAAAGAUGUUUUUCAUAUACCUAUUGGUACUAUCUAUUAUCCACUUGAUCAUUUACUUAUUGCACAACGUGCUAAAGGACAUACUGUAUGGAGAAAUUUGUUGCCUGACUAUGGAGAUCCAUCAGCUAUUGGUCUCAUUCAAAUUCGAGCUACUGUUUUCUAUGAUGUUAAUGAUGAAUGUUUAAAUAUCUAUGUUCAUUCAUUACGUGCAACAGGUAUUGUUAAACAAGUUUAUCAUGUUUAUGUCCAUGCAUCUGUUGCUGUACAUGAUUUUCCUGUUAUACCUGAAGAACAUAUAGAGUCAUCUCAAAUUAUUAAAAAACCAUUUACUCAUGGUAAAUGUGGUCCAAUUGUUUCAUUAGAACAAUAUAAUGAUACAAUUUAUGAUCAAUUAUUUCGAUUUAAUAUUUAUAAACAUGAAUUUAAUGAUAUGACUGUUGUUUUAGAUGUAUAUCGUCGUUCGUUAGGUGAUGAAUUUUUUGAUGAUAUUCUUCUUGGUCGUACUAUACUUGUUUCACCAGAUAUGUUAGCAAAAAAUUUAAAUAAUGAAACAUUAGUAUCACCAAUUGUUGAAGAAGAAUCAAAAACAAAUGUAAAGAAUGAAGAAAUUCAACAGAAAAGAAAAGAACCAAAACCUUCCAAAAAACAUAAAAAGAGAAAAAAAAACAACGAGAAAAAGAAAAUAGUUUCAUAA